UUAAGGUUCAGACUGGAGCCACACAGACCACACAGGAAACAAGGUUGCACUCAAGUUUAAGUUUAUUCUCUCUUAGUCCAAAAAUGGUGGAUUGGAGACAGGACUGGAUGAGUGCCAAUGAUGAGUACCAAUGGUUCUACAAAGACAGAAAACAACAUUACAAUGCUUUGUCCAAAGUAAAAUACAAACAGAAAUGUUGCCUUACAAUCGCAACACAUGCCACAUCAAACGUAGACAAUUCAAACGAUAUCUAGUCAAGCUUCACAUUAACUUCAUAAUCAACAAGUUAGAUCUAAUGAACUAUUAAACUUACUAUUAACAUAUUAGCAGUUAAUACCUAAACAUGAUCCUCGUCAAUAAAUGAAACUGGACUUACAUUGAAAUAACUCCAAAAGACACAUGGCACACUUCACCAAACAAUUUCCAGACGUGUUUAGGGACAAAGAGAGGAAGUCCCGCCCUUACAGGUCUGUAUUUAAAGGGUAGGCAAUGAUUGACAGGUAGAUUGUUCACUUGUACCACCUUGUGGAGCGGAGGGGAAAUGCACUUGUAGUUCUUUGGAACUUGUAGUUUCUAACAGCCGCCCCCGGAGUUGUGCAGCAAAUACGUUACGUGGUUUCUUCUUCAGUGAUUUCAGGGAGUGGGAUUAAUCUGGAGACAGGGCGUAUGUAUUCUCGACCUUGAAUGGUGAUUUUAGCACUGCGAACCUUUCCAUCUUUUCCAGGGUAGGUUUCGGUUAUCCUUCCGAUAGGCCAGGAUGCUCGAGGUAGCUGGGGGUCAACCAACAUCACAACCUGGCCUGAAUCCAAAUUCUCCUUGUCAGUUUUCCAUUUCUGUCUGACUUGAAGGUUUGGAAGGUAGGAUCGGAUGAAAGCUGACCAGAAUUUGUCAGCCAAGAUUUGACUGUGACGCCAUCUUCUCUUACCAAGAAGUUCACUGGGACAGUAGAUUGCUUGGGGAAGAGAAGAAUCAGGCCGCCCCAUCAAUAACAUAUUUGGUGUAACUGGAUCAAGGUCAGCAGGGUCAGAGGAAAUGUAUGCAAGGGGUUUCGAAUUCAGAAGGCCCUCUACUUCAAUAAGGGUUGUAUGUAGGACUGUCUCAGUUGUUUGUUGGUUUCCCAGUACAACACGGAGGGCCAUUUUUAUUGAUUUGAUUUCUCGUUCCCAGCUUCCACCGAAAUGGGGGGCAGAUGGAGGAUUGACUUGGAAGUUGACUUGUGCACGAGCCAAUUGCUGCUUUAACUCUGGGGUCAUCGCUUGGAAUGCACUUCGCAGUUCUGCCUCUCCUGCUUUGAAAUUAGUCCCACAGUCCGAAAUUAGUUCCAAAGGUUUGCCUCUACGUGAGACGAAUCUUCUGAAGGCCAUCAAAAAUGUAUCUGCAUCCAUGCUGUCAAGCAGCUCAAGAUGAAUGCAGCGUGUUGUUAAGCAUUUAAAUAGUAUGCCCCACCUUUUCUCCGUGCGCCGGCCAAUUUUAACCGUGAAAGGCCCAAAGCAGUCCACACCUGUGGACCAAAAGGGGGGUUUAAACAGCCUAAGACGGGCCGGAGGAAGGUCUGCCAUUUUUGGAAUGACUGGGUUGGCUCUCCAUCUCUGACAGUCUCGACACUGGUGCUGAUGUUGACGGAUGGCUUGGCGACCACGUAAGAUCCAGUACUUGCGUCUCACCUCACCUAGAAGACGCUCAGGACCUGGGUGGAACAGUUUGUUGUCAUAAUACUUGAUAAUGAGUUUUGUUAUGGGAUGUUUAGGAUCUAAUAUAAGUGGAUGGAGGGUGUCAUGAUCGAGGGACUCUGCUCUUCGAAGUCGACCUCCCACUCUAAUGAGACCGAGAUUGGGGUCGUAUUCGGGAGAAAGAGGGAGUAGUUUACUAUUCCUGGGAAUAGAUUUGUUGGUUUUAAGGGCAUUGUACUCCUCAGGAAAACACUCAGAUUGGGCCCUUUGCAAAAGAUACUUCUCUGAGUUGAUGUAGCAUUGUGCCAAGUUUGAGUUUUGAUCUUGAGCCGCCCCGUAAAGCAUCUCCUUUGUUUCCUCCAUCAGAUCAUCCCAGCUGCUGUAUUUAUUUAGAUCAGGGAGGUUUGUGUUAAACAUCACUGUGCCACAGAACAUUGAUUUUCUGAGUUCCGCAACAGGUUCUUGUUCAACAGACGCACCUGGGUUGGCUGGCCAGCAGUCAGGGUUCAACAGAAGGAAUGGGGGGCCUCGGUUCCAUCUGUUUGGCUGAGAAAGCUCAAGGAGGGUUUUACCCCGGGUUACAUCAUCAGCCGGAUUACUCUUUGAAUCCACAUAUCGCCAGCUCAUUGUGUCAGUCAGUGUCUGAAUCUCAGCUAUUCUUGUGCCAACAAAUACCUUAUAGCGGCACGAGUCAGAUGUCAGCCAUGACAGAACUGUUGUGGAAUCUGUCCAAAGGGUCACUGACUGCAGUGGAAUAGUUAGCUCAGAACUGAGGAGGUUAACCAGCUGUGCACCUGACAAAGCUGCACACAAUUCAAGGCGGGGUAUAGAUAGCUGUCGUUUAGGGGCUAUACGAGACCUGGCCAUAAUGAAGCUGACAUGGAUGUGGUGGUGCUGAUCUACAGUCUGGAGGUAGGCAACGGCACCAUAAACACGCUCAGAUGCAUCACAGAAGAUGUGCAUGUGGGAAGUUGAGGUAGCUGCAUUGACAGAUGGGGGUAAGUAACAGCGAGGAAAGUGGAUGUCAGGGAGAUUUUGCAGUUCCAUUUCCCAUGCUUGCCAUUUCUCCAACAAGCUCUCAGUUUUGAUUAUGUUAUCCCAUCCUCUUUCCUGCUUCCAUAGGUCCUGCACUAUAAUCUUUGCACGAGCUGUGAAAGGGGCCAGGUAGCCCAGAGGAUCAUACUGACUAGCCAGUACCUUGUAGACAUUCCUCAUUGUUGGCUCAUGGUAAGUGAUGGACCGGGUUUUGUAGCCCAGCAUGUCUGUGCAACAGUUCCAUUGGAGGCCUAGAGUCAGCUCUUUGGGGUCUCCAUUCUCUGAGAGCCACAGUUCAGUUGUUUUGGACUUUGCAUCUGGUGGGAGAUGGUGUAUUACAGCAGGAUUAUUGCUAGCCCAUUGUCUGAUGUCAAAUCCACCAUCCGCAAGAAGGGGUCUCAUUUUGUUAAUGAGGGACUUGGCCUCAUGAGAGGAAGGGAAGCUUUGGAGGCAAUUAUCAACAUAAAAGCAAUGUUGGACAGAUUGGAGGACAUCCUCAUUACUUCCAGAGUGAUCUUGGACAUGUCUGUGUAUUGCAUAGGUGGCACAGCAAGGGCUACAUGUCGUUCCAAAUGGUAAGACUUGCCAUUCAUAAACAGUGGGUUCCUGGUCCAGUUGCAUCCCUCUCCAUAUAAAGCGCAGUAGAGGUUUGUCCUCAUUCAGAAGGCGUACCUGAUGGAACAUUGCUUUAAUAUCUCCACAAAUGGCAAUAGCAUGUUGGCGAAAUCUGAGAAGGACCCCAAGGAGAGAGGGCCCCAGUGUUGGUCCAGGCAGAAGACAUUUGUUCAGAUUUUGGCCCAUGUAUUCAAAAGAGCAGUCAAAUACGACUCUGUGCUUGUUGUUGUGUUCAACAAUGUGAUGUGGGAAAUACCAGUGUUCAUUUGAUUGAUCUACCUGGUCGCUGGGAAUCCUUUGAAUAUAGCCAGACUGCACAAGUUUAUCCAGCUCUUCUUGGUAUUUCUUUGCCAGUGGGGGAUCUUUGGACAGGCGUCUUUCUGUAGCACAGAGACGGGGCAAGGCAGCUUUCUUGGGAGCUCUAAGGAGAGCAGUGUUGGGAGCUCUUAGCAGGGGAGUGGCAUAGCGCAUUACACCAUCUAUCUCUACUCGUACUGUUUUGGAAUGGAGUAGAUCAAGGGCUAGCUUGUCUUGUUUGGACCGUGUAGCUGUUUUCUCAUUAACAUAGGGCAAGGUGUCAAUCUGCCAGAGCCUCUCUACAUUACUGAGCAGCUCACUUUUGAAACAGGUAAGAGCGAAAGACAGAGUGUGAUGAUGAGUUUGGACUAAACCGGCUGGUCCCUGCAGAGCCCAUCCUAGCCUGGUAUGUACAGCCAAUGGGCCACCAGGGGGCCCUAUGGGAAUUGGCUCUAUGGCUGUAAUAAGAUGAGCAUAGUCUGAACCAAUGAGUACAAGAGGGCAUGCAUGUUCAACAAGUUGUAAUGGAACAUCUCUGAGAUGGUGAUACUGCUCUUGUAGCUGUCUCACAGGAUAUGUGUGCUCUGACAGGCCAAGAUUGUCUGCAGUGAAUGCACUGCUGAUAACAUGCCUCUGGUUUGGCUGGUUGAUAGGGGAAAUUUCAAAAGAUACGGAUGCUCCAUGUACUUGCACUAUAUCUUGUCUUACGGUGCGUAGUGAGAUGGUCUCAGGCUGAGCUGUGAGGCCCAAAGACUGAACAGCUUGGGGGAGUAGAAUGGACCUGUCAGCCCCAUCAUCAAGGACUGCAUAUGUGGUGAAGGUCUUCUCUCCAUUGUAGAGACAUACAUUGACAACUUUCAACAUGACCUUAUGGGAACGGUUGGGUUUGUCCAUGUAAAGGAGCUCUGAGGGGGAGGAUGUAAGCAUCACUGUGACUGAUUUGUUUACAUUAACAUCAUGGAGAAUGGUUAGGUGAAUCUCCUUACAAAUGUUACAUGGCCUCUUUAAUGUGCAUUUGUCAAAUUUGUGUGUUCUCCCACAUUUACGGCAUCUGUCCUUCUCAUUGAUCCAUUUCAGAAUGUCAUUUUUUGAGAGUUUCUUGAAGUCUGGGCAUGAACCAAGAAAAUGGUCUCUGACAUUACAGUGAGGACAGUAAGGUUUGGGCUUAAUUUCUACCUUCUCCUGUGCGCUUGAUGUAGUAUCCUUUUCCCAUGUUGACAGGUAGACAGAGGAGACAGGUCUAGAGGGCCGGCGUUCAUUUACAGCUUGUGGUCUUUUGUCACCAAUUGUAGGUCUUUCCUGUUUAUGGAGUUCAACCGCUCUCUCUGAUAUGCGUUUAGCUCUUGUCUUUGACUGCAGCCAGGUUGAAAGGUCAAGGAGGGAGUAAGUUCGGUUUGCCUGCCCAGUAAUAAUGCCACGUUUAAUGCAGUACUCAACAAAUCCAUCUCUAUACUGCACAGGGAGUUUGCUAAGCAGUCUGUCGACAUGAGAACCACAUCUUAAUUCAGAGCCAUUAGGGCCCUCUAGGGACAGCAGCAUUCCCACCAAAGCAUGGAUGGAAAGGGAGAAAUCAUCCAGGGCCUCUACAUCGCUUAUGCGAAUAAUGGGGGAAUUCAAUAUUGCUCCAAUUUCGCUCUGAACAAGGAGCCUUGGCUGACCAUAUUUCUCCUCAAGCGCUGCAAGAGCUGUGGAAUAUGGUCUAGCAUCAUGCAUGCUGGAUCUGGCCAGUUUGUUAGCACCUGGGUGCUGCAGAUGGUCCAAGAGGAUCUGAUAUUUAUAAUGUUCAGUAAGAUGUGGGUGAUUUUCAAGGAGGUUGCUAAGAGCCAUUCUCAGGAGGGCAAACUCACUCUCUUGACCACUCUUGAACACAGGAAGUGAAGGUCUUGGUAUCCCAUAUGCUGAGGCUAUUAGCAGAUCCAUGUUAUUGGGGGGUUGAAUAUGUGGAUAAAGAGCUUGUGGCUGCUGGGAUGAUGUAACUUGCACUGGGGGCAAUCUACCAGUCGAAAUGGGCCAUCUAGGAUCAGGCAUGGAUGCAAUAUAAGCAGGAGCUUGGACAGUCGCUGACGGUGCAGUUGCACGGUGAAUAAGAAGGGAGGAAUGUGGUACACUGACAGAGGCAUGGUGACUGGAAGGCUGGGUAGACACACUAGGCAUGGACAGCACUGCAGCUUGAGCAGUAGCUACAGGGGGCAAAGGGCAAGACUGAAUAGAGCCUAUGGACAAUGGGGCUGUUUGAGGUGCAGCAACAGAAUUGGGAGCUUGGAAAAUGGCUACCUUUGGCUCCAUAGGUUGAGGCAUAGGAAAGGUUUGGGGAACCCUGGGAAGGCCAGGCUGAGGGAAUAGAGAAAACUGUGAAGCUGCGAGAAUUUGAUUGUCAGCAUGCGGAAUUCUUGAGGGGGCAGGAGUGAAUAUUCUGGAUGGAGGCAGAUCAUAAAAGGAAGAGGUGGCUACAUUAGGAGGUGAGGGAAAGAGAGCGGCAGCUCCACAGGGGUCAUCAAAGAGGUUUUGUUGAAUGAAACUAGUCACAAGCUGGGCUGAGUCAAGCUCUAGUUCUUUCUGGCGAAUGCGUCUAUUAAUCGCAACCUGUCUGACAAUUCUCUCUCUGUCCUUGUGCGCCUCUUCCUGCCACUGCUGAGCAGCUUUGGCAUUCUUAUCAAUCAGUUUGCAUUGUUCAUCCAGGUCUUCUUCCUCCUGUCUUUGUCUUUUCAGCUCCUCCAGCUCAUCUUUCUUCUUCUUUGCCUCAAGCAUGCUGACUUGGAGGUCACUCAAACAACUAGUGUGGCUACUACUAGAAUGCCUACUGGUGUGAGAUCUAGCAGGGAGACUAAAGGUCGUUUUUGUACGACCCCUCUUACUAUGAGAGCUACGGGAGCCAUGGGAAAGUGUAUGCGGCCUUUGCGAUCGCACAGGAAUACUAUAGAAAUCAGGGGGCCGUGUUUGCCUUUUCGGUCUAGUCCCUGGGUCAAGGGCAGGUGGCUUUAAGACGACUUCACAAGGUACUGAUGGCAAAGGGAUUUGGUCCUCUUUGUGAGAGGUAGGUAAUGGGAGUUUAGGUGAAAGGCUAGGCUCUGUUUGAUGAGUGGGUAUAGAUGGCGUAGGUGAUGUUUGCGGGGGGACUUUAUCUUCUGCGUAAAGCUUGGUUGCGUCUAAUUCACCUUGGGAUCCAUCCGCACACUCAGUGGAGGUAGCCUGACCUUCAGUGGUCUCAAGUACAGGGGGCUCAUCAGUAGACCUUAUCUCGUCUGGUUGUACAUCGGCCAUUGUCUUCGUGUGGUGUGUGGCUCAGUAUCCGGCUCGAAGGACCAAUUGUAGGGUAUUUAAGGUUCAGACUGGAGCCACACAGACCACACAGGAAACAAGGUUGCACUCAAGUUUAAGUUUAUUCUCUCUUAGUCCAAAAAUGGUGGAUUGGAGACAGGACUGGAUGAGUGCCAAUGAUGAGUACCAAUGGUUCUACAAAGACAGAAAACAACAUUACAAUGCUUUGUCCAAAGUAAAAUACAAACAGAAAUGUUGCCUUACAAUCGCAACACAUGCCACAUCAAACGUAGACAAUUCAAACGAUAUCUAGUCAAGCUUCACAUUAACUUCAUAAUCAACAAGUUAGAUCUAAUGAACUAUUAAACUUACUAUUAACAUAUUAGCAGUUAAUACCUAAACAUGAUCCUCGUCAAUAAAUGAAACUGGACUUACAUUGAAAUAACUCCAAAAGACACAUGGCACACUUCACCAAACAAUUUCCAGACGUGUUUAGGGACAAAGAGAGGAAGUCCCGCCCUUACAGGUCUGUAUUUAAAGGGUAGGCAAUGAUUGACAGGUAGAUUGUUCACUUGUACCACCUUGUGGAGCGGAGGGGAAAUGCACUUGUAGUUCUUUGGAACUUGUAGUUUCUAACAAGUAGCUAUCCCCAACUUAUACCAAAAGCACAGAGCUAAGCUGGAAACAGACCUAGCGACCGUCAAGCACUUUGCAGCAACGACCGAUAUGUGGUCCAGUCGGACUAUGGAUCCAUACCUUACAGUACACUUCAUAAGUGACGAGUGGGUGUUGGAAAGCCAUUGCUUGCAAACCAGUUACUUUCCUGAUGACCAUACUGGAGAGUUACUUGCAGCAGGCCUACAAGAGGCACUUGAUUCCUGGGGGCUUUCAGAACAGAAGCUAGUGGCCAUCACAACAGACAAUGGAGCCAACAUCAAGAAGGCCAUCGAGCUGAACCAUUGGACAAGACUCCAGUGCUUUGGUCACAGGCUUCACCUAGCCAUAGAGAGAGGUGUGAAAGACGACCGCAUUCAACGAGCAGUAGGUGUCUGCAAAAAAAUUGUGUCAGCCUUCUCAUACUCGUGGAAGAAAAGGAGGGACCUGGCCAUGGUUCAGAAUGAUCUGGGCCUUCCAAAGCAUGUGCUCACAACUGAGACGCCUACCAGGUGGGGAUCACGUCAAAUGAUGAUUCAAAGAGUACUUGAACAAGAGAGGGCCAUUAGUCAGGUUCUAAAAGAUGACAAAAAAUCAAGGCACUUGGUCCUUCACUGGCAAGAUGUGGAUGUCCUAGAGGCUGUCAACAAGGUGUUGAGCCCACUCCAGGACUUUACAGAUGCCUUGUCAGGAGAGAAAUAUGUCAGUGUCUCCUACCUCAAGCCAGUGCUCAGUCUCUUCAACACAUCCAUUCUGGCAGAGGAAGAGAGUGAUAAUCAGCUGACGAAGGAUGUGAAGAGAAACAUUCUUGCCUACUUGAAUGAAAAGUAUGCUGAUGAGGACACAGAUGACCUGCUUGACAUUGCGUCUCUUCUCGAUCCACGGUUUAGAACCAAGUAUAUGGACAAAGAAAAGGUGGAGCAGGUUCUACGCAGAGCAACCAGAGAAAUAGUGUCACUAGUACAGGCUCAACAGGACACUCUCUCAGGGGCUGCUGGGGCAGCAGCAGCAGAGGCAGAGCCUGUUCCUGCUCCUGAGGAAAAAAGAAAAAAGACUUUGGCCAGCUUUUUCAAAAGGCAGAGCACCAGCACCACCAGCAGCAGCAGCAGCACUGUGUCAGAAGAGGAAAGCGUUAAAAUGGAGCUGACCGUCUACUUACAGACCACAGAGGUUGACAGUGAUGCAGACCCGCUGGACAGGUGGAGAUGCCAUCAGACAAAUUUCCCUCGGAUUGCCAAGCUUGCUCGGCAGUAUUUAUGCAUCCCUGCCACCAGUGCUCCAUCUGAGAGAGUGUUUAGCACUGGUGGCAAUAUUGUCACUUGCCACAGGGCUGCACUCAAACCAGAUGCUGUGGACCGUCUGGUUUUCCUGGCUCAAAAUGUGUAAAUGCUGAAACGUGUGAUUAUUGUUUGCAUUAUACAGGAUAAUCCUGUGAGCUAAGUUGCACUAUAUAUUUAUUUUAUAUGUUCAAUACUGGUUUUGAAGCAUACUUUUGAAGGAAGUUAUAACUUAUGCAAGUUGCAUCAUUUUAUUUGACUAUUUUAUUUGUUUGACGUCCUCAAAGCAAUUCAAGUCAAUUCUUUUCUAAUUUACUUGAAUACAGUACCUGGGAACCAAUGCAAGUUGCACACCUUUUUGUAUUUAUUAUGCCAGUUACCUUUGCACGCUGUUCAGUUCACUUUGUUUUACUAUUUAUUUGAAUGUGAAUAUACCUCAAACAUAAUACAGAAGUAUAAUUAUUUUAAGUUGCACAAU